CUCGAAAAGCAGCGCCGGCACGCACCUCCCUAUAACGGCGCGUCGUUUCCAAUCGCGAGCUCCCCCUAAAAACGCCGACCCCACAUCGUCGUUCUAGUUUCCACAACGAACUCCCUCCCUCUCUCUCCCUUCCUGUUUUCUCUCUCUAAAACGGUCGGAGCUGCUUCGAGGAUCGAUCGGAGGCUCGUGCUGGAGCGCCGGCGAUGGGGUGCACGCAAUCGAAGAUCGAGAACGAGGAGGCCGUCAACCGGUGCAAGGAGCGGAGGCAGCACAUGAAGGAGGCCGUCGCCACCCGCAACGCCUUCGCCGCCGCCCACGCCGCCUACGCCGUCGCCCUCAAGAACACCGGCGCCGCCCUCAGCGACUACGCCGCCGGCGAGUCCCACCACCCCAGUACCACCCCGGUAGCGGGGGCGGCGGCGGCGGCGGCGGCAGCGGCGGUGCAGGACCCGAUCGAGAACCUCGCCCCGCCGCCCCCGCCGGACUUUUCCUCCGGGGGCCCGCCCCAGGCGCCGCUCCAGCGCGCCACGAGCAUGCCGGAGAUGAUCAAGGUCUCCAAGGCGGAGGUGGGGAGGUCGGUGGGGCCGACGAUCGAGGAGGGGGAGGAAGAGGAUGAGUUGGAGAACGACGAGAGCAGUAACUUGAGGCAGAGGAGCAGCAGGGGAGGUAGAGAUAGGAGAAGUGGCGGCGGUGGCGGCGGUAGUAGUAGAAGUGGAAGUCGCAAGGAGGUGGCGGCGGCGGAGAGCGAGGCUCCGCCGCAGAGAACCGCGUUGCCUCAGCCGGAGUUUUACGACUACAUAUUCUCUCCGAUGGAGAACGUUCCGGGGACGACGUUGGGCGAGGAGGCCACAGAGGAGGUGAGAAUUGACAAAAGGCAGGUUGAGAGUAAGGCGUUUAGCGAAAGGCCUAAGAGAGUGGAAGAUGAUGGUGAAGUUGCUGCUCCGGUGGUAUCGGAGAAGGCGCUGGAACCGCCAGUCCCGGCUGCGGUGGAGGUGGCACUGGCAGCGAAGAGUGUGAAGAAAGGGAAGGCGGGGAUGACGUCGGAUGGGAAGCGGGCGGGGAAGGGGAAUAUGACCUUGGCACAGAUAUUUAUGGAACUGGAUGAUCAUUUUCUGAAGGCUUGCGAGAGUGCCCAUGAGGUUUCGAAGAUGUUGGAGGCGACUAGGUUGCAUUAUCACUCGAACUUUGCAGAUAAUCGCGGUCAAAUUAAUCAUUCCGAAAGGGUAAUGCGUGUUAUCACGUGGAAUCGCUCUUUCCGAGGAUUACCAAAUGCUGAUGAUGUGAAGGAUGAAUUUGACUCGGUGGAAAAUGAAACUCAUGCCACGGUGUUGGACAAAUUGCUAGCAUGGGAGAAGAAGCUAUAUGAUGAAGUGAAGGCGGGUGAGCUUUUGAAGUAUGAGUAUCAAAAGAAGGUUGCUGCGCUCAACAAGCAAAAGAAUCGAGGGAACCAUUCUGAGUCUCUAGAAAAAUCAAAAGCAGCCGUGAGUCAUCUUCACACAAGAUAUAUUGUUGAUAUGCAAUCCAUGGAUUCAACUGUUUUGGAGAUAAAGCGUCUACGAGACGAACAGUUGUACCCAAAACUAGUCGAACUUGUUGAUGGGAUGGCAAAAAUGUGGGAUGCCAUGAAAGUCUGCCACGAGAAUCAGUACAAGACUGUGAGGAAUUUGGCAUAUCUUGAAAUUGACCGAGCCGCCAAAGAGACGAGUGAACAUCAUCAUGAUCGUACCCUCCAGCUGUUGAAAGUUGUGGGUGACUGGAAUGAGCAGUUCAGGAAUGUUAUGGACAAUCAGAAAAAGUACAUAAAGGCUCUCAAGAACUGGUUAAAGGUGAAUGUAAUUCCGAUAGAAAGCAGCUUAAGGGAGAAAGUUUCUUCCCCUCCUCGGGAUGAGAAUCCUCUCAUCCAGAAACUUGUUCAUGCUUGGGAUGAAACUCUGCAGAAACUUCCUGAUGAGCUUGCAAGAACAGAGAUGCAUAGUUUCCAUGAGGUCUUAGCAACUAUCUUGGGUAUUCAAGGAGAAGAGAUGGGAGUUAAACAGAGAUGUGAAGAAACCAGGGGGGAACUUAAUCGCAAAGAGCGCUCACUGAAAGAAUAUGUUGCGCGCAGGACCCCACCAGAUGGGAUGGAUCCAGCACAUGAUGAUCGGUACAUUAAUGUCAUUACCGAGAAAGAAGUGGCAGUGGAGAUGCUAAAAAAGAUGUUGGCAGAGGAAGAGGAUGCUCAUCAGAGGAUGUGCCUUCAGGUGAGGGAAAAGACGUUGGUAAGUUUCAAGAAUCGUCUCCCGGAGGUCUUUAAAGCCUUGUCAACUUUUGCCUGGGCUUCCUCACAGAUGUAUGGCAACUUGAGGUCAUCAUCGCAGCCACAAAAGCGAAAUCUCAGUGAAUAGCCAGAGUUUUCCACAUGAGUCUGGCAGUAAGUUAUGUAUAGUUCAACAUACAAAUACGAUAGCUUUGUUCAUAAUAUUUCUGUCCUUUUACCACUGGACAAAUACAAUAACAUGCGUGUCAUAAUUUGUGAGCAUCAAUGUUACAAAUUUGGUUUGAACCUGGCCCAUUAUUGCCAUGCA